UGUUUCUCGUGCAUAUGAUCUACAAAAUCUUCCGAACUCAUUCAGCCACAAGCAAUAACUCGAUCAUUCCCUCACUCACUUUAAAUUAAAGCCCCUUCACAGCUUCUUCCUCAGUGCAACAGAAACAAAGGGGGGAAACAUGGCUUCAACCAUUAAAGCUUUAUCUACCAUCUCUUCAACAAAAAAAACCCCUCUCUUCAACGAACAAGAAUGGGUAAUCGAAGUUCAAAGAUCGAUCAAAGAGGAUAUCGCCGACGAAGAUGUAAAGACUAGAGUGUCCAUUUUCUGUGUGCCUCAAGCUUUGGUUUUAUGUAAACCUGAGGCGUACGUGCCUCAGUUGUUUGCUCUUGGUCCGUACCAUCAUUGGAGGCCGCAGUUGUAUGAUAUGGAGAGGUAUAAGAUCGCGGCGGCGAGGAGAAUUCAGGGGAGGCUUAAUGGAGUAGUUGAGUUUGAUGGUGUUGUUAAGAAGUUCGUGAAGGAGGAGUAUAAGAUACGUUGCCACUAUCACAAACAUCUUGACGUCAACGGAGAAACCUUAGCAUGGAUGAUGGCGAUCGAUGGAUCGUUCUUGCUUGAAUUCCUCCAAUCAAUCUACUUCAAAAAUCAAGAUAAAGCCCAACGAGAAGCACAACCAAUGACUGUUUCAAAAAGAAUAGAGCACGAGAGAGCAAAGGUCGGCUUCAAUAUGAUAAUUAGAGACAUCACAAUGCUCGAAAACCAAAUCCCCCUCUUCCUCCUCCGGAAACUCUUCAAACUCGUCUACUCAAAAAAAGACAUCGCUGAUGAAGAAUUAUCAAACAUUUUGACAGAGUUCGUGAGAGAAGUCUCGCCCUUUAAAAUUUCCGAUGACUCUCUGAUACUAAUGAUGGAUAACUUUACUCGUCAUGCUCACUUGCUGGAGCUUCUUUACUGGACUGUCGUGCCUAAAGUAAAGGAGCACGCAAGUGAAAUCAAUCAGGUUAACGAACAAAAUGGUGCUGUUGAAAGCAAGGAAGAAAUAAAAGGAGACCCUACCAUUCUUCAGAAGGCUAUGAAUUGGUUGUGGAAACUCAUAUCUAGUAUAAAUGGUGCCCCAAUCCGUUAUAUCAAGCGAUUGAUCUUUUCUAGGCCCAUUAUGUUCAUUGUUAAAUGCCCGUGGAAGAUAAUCACAGCUCUGCCCAUGUUCUCAUUGAUCAAACUUCCCGUCGAAAAUUUCUUCUCUCAACUAAUUCCUAAGCGCAAAUCCAACGAUGACAAAAAAUCAGACGGUGAAGAACAACCACCAUUGGUGGAGGAAAUCGACAUCCCCUCCGUCACAGAGCUUGUCAGAGCAGGGGUCAAGUUUGUUCCAACUAGCAAAGAUCUCACUACGAUAAGAUUCGACGCGAAGACCGUCACAUUGCACCUCCCGAUCAUAAGCCUAGACAACAACACAGAGGUCGUACUCCGUAAUUUGGUGGCUUAUGAGGCCUCCGUCGUAACGGGGCCGAUGGUUUUUACCCGUUACGCCGAGCUAAUGUAUGGGGUAAUCGACACGGAGGAGGACGUGAAGACUCUGAGAGAAAACGGGGUUCUCGUGAACAGGAUGAAGAGCCACGGGGAGGCAGCGGAGUUGUGGAACGGGAUGAGCAAGUCUGUUAGGCUGAGCAAGGUAGCGUUUUUGGACAAGACGAUAGGGGAUGUGAACAGGUACUACGGGAGCAGAUGGGGGGUAAAGUGUAGGAUGCUCAUGAAGAAGUACGUGUAUGCUUCUUGGCCCAUCCUUACAUUUCUUGCUGUAGGAUUGCUCAUCUUCUUGAGCUGUGUACAAGCAUUUUGCUCUGUGUACAGCUGCAGUUCUCACUUAACACAGCUUAUAAAUUCCGGGGAUGGGUCAUAAUUAACAUGCAUGUGUAGUGUGCGCGCAUGAGUGUGUUUAUGUAUUAAUGUUAAAGCAAAAUUAGCUAUCAGCCUAUCAAUGUAUGGUGUUUUGUAGAAAGUGAAGGAUUGUACUUGUAUGAACAAGAUUCACAAAUUAGGAUUGUACUUGUAUGAACGAGGUUCACAGAUUAGAGCUUGAGAGAUAUUUAUCAAGAUUUUUUUUUAA